GAAUCGAUUGCCUCUUCAAAAUCGAGAUCUCAUUCAGAGAACAAGCCCGGUACCGGUCCAGGCGGGUUGCAACAGACAGAAAGUGAUGAUACGAUGGACGAUGAAUCGCGCCAAUUAACUGCGGCUUGAUAUGCAUUUAUCCUUUUAGAAGAAACCGAGCUGUCUAAGCCAAGAGAAAAUUUGCUGACAAUUUUAUUUCUCGUUCCUCAUCGAAAUUUGGACGCAAUUUGCAUUCAAACGUUUUGAUAGCUACGAAGACUAACUACGAUAUGCUGAUGACAGUACUUUGAAAGGUGAGCAUAAUGAGAUGUAGGAACUUUUAAAUUAGUACAUUUGUAUUAUUUUAGGAAAUUGUGAACUGGUUAAUAUGUUUCAAGAUAUAUCUCCUGAUACAGUUCAGUAAUUGAGCUUCGAAGAACUAAAUACAUUAUUAACAAUUAGAUUUUAAGAUAAAAUUAUUUGAGAAAGAAGUUUCUGUAAAUCUGCAACGGUAUAUACCAUACUCAACGAGUGACACCGAAAACUGAUGCUAAGAAGUCAGCUGAAUAAAUGAUUUAUUUAUUUUAGCAUAUAAAGCUAUAGUUGGCCAGAUUUAUCCAUGAUGUUGCAUUCAACUGUUGUUAGUAUGGUGUCAUGAUAAUUUAAUGAAUUUAUAAAGAACUAUUGCCGUAUUAUGAAUUUUACUGACACCUGAAUUUCAAGCAAGAACUUUGCAUCGAGUCUGUGAACACUAUUAGUUAGUUCUUCAGUGAUUCUAUAUUAAUUGUUAAAAGAAACUUUUGAAAUACUCUAGCAGUAAAUGGCACUGGGAGUUAAUCUAGAACAAUAUCUAUUAAUAAUUAGAAAUUAAGGAAUUCAUAUCUGCACAAAAAUACCGUUGCACAUACUUAAGAAAUAUUAAUUUGUCAUGAACUUAUUACUAUUUGCUUUCGAUAAGAAUUACAUGUUUUUUAGACAUUAAUUAUUGCUGAAAAAUGGAAGUUUUUUAUCACGUGGUACUGAAUACUUGCAUUUCAUUUUUAACAGAGAUGACACGUCGCAUCUUGCAUCAUCCGUAACUAGCUCAUAAAUAACUGAAAAUAAAUUCAGUAUAACUGAUAACUGAAACAAGCCGCGAAAUCUAGAGUCUUAAAAAUUUAAGCUAAAUUGCACUGCGAUGCCAGUUUUGAGUUGAAAGAAUAGGCUCAAUUUAUACGUAGACAUUAACUGCCCAGCGUUUUAAAGUACAGCUGAACGCACCUAUAUGCUAUGAUACUUCUGGUGAUGACAGCAUCUACGGACGAAAGGCAUCCCACUGACCGAAGACUUGUCCGCGGUCACCAUUGAAGGGGAGGUGAAACUGCGUUGCUCGGGGGGCGGCGGCGGCAAGGAGCGCGAGAGCAGCGUGGCUCGCGACGGGGACUGUCCCCACCAGCUGCCGUGCCGCUACGGAGCAACCACCGCCGACGUAUACCGGCUGUGGAUGCAAGGCAAGCCGGACUUCUACGGUAGUGCAUCGCCUGUGGCCAAUCUACCCAUGCUUUUCACAGAGCCAGCAUACAAAGGUGCCUGGGGGUCUCCCUCACCAACCCAAGCACAAGGUUACCCUCACAAUGCUAUUGGAGGGAUGACGAAAUCUUCCCUUGAUGCGCAUACGCAUCCACAUAUACGAAAUAUGCAAGAUCCCUAUCAAAUGUUUGGGCCAACAAGUAGUCGGUUAGCUACAUCAGGAAGUGGCCAGAUACAACUGUGGCAGUUUUUGUUGGAGCUACUAUCAGACAGUAGUAAUGCAAAUUGCAUCACUUGGGAAGGGACUAAUGGUGAAUUUAAACUCACUGACCCAGAUGAAGUGGCUAGACGUUGGGGUGAACGUAAAAGCAAACCCAAUAUGAAUUACGACAAAUUAAGUAGAGCCUUGCGAUAUUAUUACGAUAAAAACAUCAUGACCAAAGUUCAUGGAAAACGUUAUGCUUAUAAAUUUGACUUCCAAGGUCUUGCACAGGCUACACAACCCACCGCAGCUGACCCAACCUAUAAAUACCAGUCAGAUCUCUUUAUGUCAGGCUACCAUCACAGUCCAAAACUGAACUUUGUCGGAGCUCAUACCGGAAUCCCGUCGACUACUGGCAGUAUAUUUCCUGCUCCUACCUCAUACUGGACCAAUCCGAGUGCCAAUUUGUAUUCGAACAUUGCUGCAGCGUCCACUCACACCAUGCCCCAUCACCCUGGUCACGUAACAUCCCACAUUGGAUCUUAUCCUCACUAUGCAUGACGUCAUGAUCCAUGCCGUAUGUCGGUUACAUCAUCCGAUUGGGUGCUGGCGGUUGAGCCCUUUCAAUGAUGAAAUCUGAGCUAUUUGCUGCAGAUAUCACUUGAUGAAGAAAAGGUUCUGGGCAACUGAGUCUGUAUGUCUCAAGUCGUACGUUCACUUCAAUGUUUAUUUUACCAGAAAGGAUAAUGAUAUCUGAACCACCAGAUGCCAAAAUAUAAUCACAUUUAUUCAAAUAAUUGUAAAGUUUUAUCCCCGAUGGCCUUCAAGGUCAAGACAGAUGUACAGUUGUUGAAGAAUUUCAUAGUAUCAUUAAUGACUUGGAAGAUAAUUCUGUACCUGGUUAAAGGCAAACAACGAUUUCCUUUGAUAAUAAACUUCCAGUAGAAUACAAGUGAAUGAAACUAUGGCUACGAAGCAAGAAUGUAUGUAAAUAAAUUAUCAUUGCAGCAGCUGGUAGAAGAAUAAAGAUUAACUGACUUGAACAGAUAUGAAAGCAUUUAAACACUGACCUCCGUAAAAUUUGUUUAAAUUGUAAAAAAUGGGAACUGUUUGAAGAAAUGUUAUCAAAUCACUCUUUUGAGGAUUUAAUAAGCAUAAAAGUGUUGUAAAAUUAAGUGCUUCUUUUUGGUCCAUAAUUAUAUUUGAUUUUAAAGUGUCAAAUAUAAUUUUAUAAAAUGAUUUGUCUUUAUAAUGCUUUUUAAGUAAUUAUGUUAUUUUACUCUGAAUAUAAGUUAAUAAAACAUUUAAAUAUUAAGACGUUUAGAGACGUAAAACAUUAAGAUGUUUGACAUUAAGACAUUUAAGGAUUAGGUUAAUAAAAAAAAAAUCAAGAAUUACGUAAGUUGAUCCUUAGUUACAUUUUUGUGAAGUCUGAUUAACUAUUUUCCUAGUUCACUUCUAAUCCAAAUGGAAUUCUUAUGAAUUUAGAAAUCACCUAAAUUGUUUCUAUAAUCCACAUAGCAAGGUAAUGAGUAAAUAUUAAUAUAACUACAUCAACUUGUAUAUAUCUAAUUACUUUAUACCCCGAAAAAAACUGAAAAUAGGCUUUUAAAAGAUUUGCCUUGUGAUAAAACAAAUACUAAUUCAUAAAAUCAGAAAAUAAAACAAUGCAAGUGAUAUUUAUAUUAAUUAAACAAAUUGCUAAAGAAUAUAGCAAUAUUUAUUUAAUUUAAUUUAGAGUAUCAGUUAGUACUCCUACUUGCUAUAAACUACUAAUUUUAAACAUUUAUUUAUUGAAAAAAUAAUAUCUCUUCAUUAAAACAUAACAUUUCAUUUUUAUGCCUUAUCGUCUUCUUAUAAAAAACUUGUAAGCUCGUGAAAAAUCUUUUUCUACGGUAAUUAGUCAGUUAUUUAGAUUUUAAAUGAGCAAUAAAUUAAAAAUUACGCUUACCUCUUGUAAAUAAUUAUUUCAUUUAAAACGUAUGAUCUAAGUCUUAAAAUAAAAAUAAAAAUUUCUCAUUUAAAAAUAAAAUGUUUUUGAAGUUACCUUUCUUUGGUAAUUUUUUGUUAUUUUUUUAAAAGAAAAUCUGAAGUAUUUGCAUAAACGCAUAAUAGGUUACUUUAAAUGUAGACUUAAAAAUCAACAAACUGUUAAAUCUGUUAUUUCUUUUCUUUAAAUAGCUUUCUUUUGACUUCCUUUUUCGUUAGAAUGCCUCCAAUUCAGUCCUCUACAAUGCCUUUUAGAAAACUAAUUUCUCAGGUGAGGCUGACUUACAGUGCAAGUUUACAACCAAAUAAAUUAUUAAAAUUAAUUUAGACCAUUCGUUCAUUUACAUAGUUAAAUAGAAAAAAGUUAUUAUUAGCCUGUUAUAAUACAAUAAAUAUACUUAUACUUGGCCAGUGUGAACAAUUUCUCCUAACCACUUGCUACUCGAGACUAUUCAAAUUGCUAGUCAUACUUCCACUUUACUGAGGCACUUUCAUUGCGCCUCAGCAGCUCAUUCUGUUCUAGAAAAGAUUGCUCGACUUUAGACAAAAGUCAGUAUAGGCUAAAGUUAAAAAUAAAAAUCUGACUUAAAAAUGAAAUAUUCUUGUACCUUCUAAAAAUAAUAUCUAUGACUUAAGGAUUAAUAUUUAUUACUUUCGACUUCGUGUGCAUUUUAUAUUUACAUGCCUUCUUAUGAUAAAUUAAAUUGCUAAUAUCUGAAAGAUAUAACAGUGAUAAUUUUUUAAGAAAUUUCAUUUAAAUUAAUACAAAGAAGAUAUUUACUUUAUUUACGUGUUUUGUGUCAAAUACAUCGAAUUUUGUUUUUAAUUUUGAGCUUGGUUUGGAUUAUUCUAGUCAAUAUGUACUUUGUUUAUUUCUUAGGAAAUGAUUUUAAUAUAUCAG